AUGGAGGUGUUUUUCGAAGUGAAUCUCAUCACGUGGCUCUCUGGCCUCUCCUUUCCUUCCCCGCAGGCAGUGAGCGCCAAUCCCGAGAGUGCAGAGCUGUGGAUGGAGGUGGGGGCGGAGCGCCAGGCGCUGGGGCAGCACGAGAGGGCGCACGAGGCGUUCAGCCGCGCCCUGCUGCUGCAACCAGGGGAUGUGGAGGCGCUCAAACGGCGAGGGCUGAGCGCGUUCAAUUGCUACCGCUUCAAAGACGCCCUCAAAGACCUGCUGCCCGCGCUGCACAUGCUGCCGAACGACGCCGACCUCAACCGAGCCGUGUUCCGGGCGGCACAGCCGUACCUGGCUCGGGCGGUGGAGCUGCUGCCAGGGGAUGCGGACCUGCGCAAGGAGAAGGGGCGCCUGCACCGCCUGCUGGGGGAGACGGACCAGGCUGAGAAGGACCUGCUGCUCUCACUCCAGCUGGGACAGUAA